CUCAGUUGACACAUGUCAAGUAAGUGAAAAUCAUUUCAGCUGCCAACGAAAAAUUAACUAUUUUGUCUGCUGCUUAGAAUAGUAUAGAAAAAUGUCGGACCAACCAAAAACUACUGAGAAAAAAGAUGCUCAAGAAACCACUGAGCCAACGGCUUCUUCAUCGCAGCCGAAUAUUGGUUUGAUCAGCACUGAGAUUCCCAAGGGAACUAAGAAUUCCAAGGGAUCUAAGACUUCCAAGGGAAAAGAGGAUCCCAAGAACGCUGAGACUUUCAAGGGACCUGGGACUUCCAAAUCCUUUGAGAAUUUUAAAGGAACCGAGGCUCCUAAAGGUUCCAAGACUCCAAUGAGAGUUGCGAUUCCCAAGUUCAUUGAACCCACCGAAUCCACUAAGUCUCGCAAUCGUCGCUUUAAGAAGCCCGAAAAGCUGGUGCUCAGUGCCGCUGAUGAUGCGUUCCUCAGUAUUCUGAAGUCUCACCAGAUGGAGGAUGUUGACAAGGAAGAUGUUAAGGAGGAAGAGGUUAAGAUGAAAGCCCAAGUAACAUCACCGGCCAAGAGACUUUUUAACUUUGUCAAGUACAACCAGUCGCACAGCUGGGUUUGGUAUGAAUUUGGGGAAUCCGUAGUGGACACCGCCGUUCAGUGCGGUACCUACGGCAUGUCCAGCUGCAUGCUCGAGUAUUCUCCGCUGUUGCAGACCCGCCUAAUGCCACGUCGCGGCUGGCAGAUGCUUCGCCGUGCUUUGGGCAAGGCACGCAAUUUCUCUCCGGCCUUCAUCGAAUCGGAGCUGAAGGAACUGAACCGCUCGCGUCAAUUUGUGCGCAAGUUGCAGCAGGGCAAGCCGGUCAAACGGGAGGAACAUGGUCUUGUGGAGCAGCUAUAUAGGGAUAUAUCCCUGCCGCUCGCCGUCAAUGACAAGGUAACCACUUUCCUAAAGGGAACAGGUAUCGUGAACGGUGUGAUUGCUCGCUUCAAUCCAGAGGAUAGUACUUACGUGGUUCGAUGUGUCUUGAAUCGCAAGACUGUGGACAUCACUGUUCCAGAUAUUCUCAUUCAAUCGUUGGAGGACUUCGUUGGCCUUCCCAUUGAACACGUGAUGAAAUCCAUCGAUCCCAAUCAGCAUAUUUUCAAGAUGGAUGCCAUCGUCAAGGGGAAAGGGCAUUAUAGCAAGGAGCUACUCGGGGCCAUGGUGAAGGUGAAGAAACUGCUGGCCAUGAAGGCCAAGGCUGUGCAGGAUCUGGCCGCUAAGAACGAUAAUCGUGACAAAGCUCCCAAGCAAAGGAAGGGACAAGGUAGUUACCUGGGCGCCAACUUUACGGAGCUCCACCGUAUCAAUGCCGAUGUAGAGGCUCCGAUGCGUAUCCUCCACGAGUACCAGAGACAGUAUGAAAGAAAGAUGAAGCUUCAGGAGAUUAGGGCCUGUACCGCCCUCGAGCGCUACCUCAUGUGUUGCCAUCGCGCUGACUUGGAUUUACAGAAUGUGGCGAAUAGGAUCGAUCUGAAGGUAAAUGAUCCGACCUCCAAAGCCUUGUACCAGGAUCUCCAGACUAUACUGUAUUUAACCGGCGAGCUGGGUGCCCCGAACACCGAAGACAUGAUGAUCAUUACGGACAACCUCAUCGCUUACAUGAUCAAGACUCUGCCACCGGAACUGAGUGCCCAGUUUGAGAUAACGAUGAACGAAUUAAAGCCUUACCGCCAACGCGUUGUAGAAAAGCUCAAGAAGCUUAGGGAGGCUGAACAGGCCGAAGGUUCCUCCGAUCAGAAGUCCACCGACAAGGAGAAGGCCUAAAAUCUGUAAUAAAGAAAAAGAAUCUGUAUUAAUAAACACUUUUGUAAGUGUA